AUGCCCCAACUGGUUCACCAGAUGUGCUGCUACAGAGUGGCUGUCCUGACUGCAUCGUUGCAAAGAAGGAUGACAUCAUUAACACUUUUGUGCUCUUCAGUAGAAGAAAGAUUGUCACUGCUGCUGAGCUGAAGGAGUUUGAGACACAGACAGAAUGUCUCGGCUGGGCCAAACCACAGGUCUUAAACACAGAUCACGACUAUGAAAACUGCACAUCACUUGACGAUGAUGACGCUGAUACUUCGGGAUUAUCACACAUGAUCUAUCAAAGGCUGAAAAACACGUAUACAGAGCCCCUCAAAUGUCUUGCAGGCAAUUUUCUUUAUUACCCCAGCCUUGCCAUUGAGUGGGCUCAGCAAGGGUGGGAUAAGUACUGGAGAGUUUAGGGCACUACUAUAACACAUAUUCACUCACAUCAAUGAUGUUUAUGUGAAAUGGCGCAACCCUUAAGAAAUAAAGUUUCUAACGGAAUUAAUUAUUGAUUGAUUUACUGUUAGAAACAGACCCAGAAGAAUUUUGGGCCCCAUGACAAAAACAUCAAAUUGGGCCCUCCCUGCACAGCAAAACUCUCUCUCCCAUAUUUGCUACAUUUGCUGCAGUGAAUACAGUGCAAAACACAUACCUGUAUCACAGAAUGUGAAGUCAUGAAUAAAAUUUGCACAUCUAAAAAUCAGAAUGUGAAUUCAUGCAAAUA